AUGUUGUUGAAGCUGCUGUUACAUGCCCUGUUGCUCGUAUCGACAUCUAGGGCAUCUUACUAUGACGAGGCUGAGGUUCUCUGGAAUCUGAAUGCCAAUCCGGACGCAGAAACGCCAUUAGACUACCACAUCCCAGAUUGGCCCGCAGGUUUUCAGCAUCAAAGAAGCCCGGAGAACUGGAGGUUCCCGUUCUACAGCUUCUUUCUAGACCGGUUCGUCAAUGGAGAUCCGACCAACGACAAUGCCAACGGCACAGCUUGGGAACACGAUCCGCUCCAGACGCAGCUCCGGCAUGGCGGCGAUGUUCAAGGUUUGGUAGACUCGCUUGAUUACCUUCAAGGCCUAGGAAUAAGAGGCAUCUACAUAGUUGGAUCGGCCUAUAUUAAUCAUCCUUGGGAGGCAGACUCAUACAGUCCCAUGGACCACACGAUUCUCGAUCAUCACUUUGGCACCAUCAAAGAAUGGAGAGCAGCGAUUCAAGCCAUCCACGAGCGCGGGAUGUAUGUCAUUAUGGAGAAUACGAUGGCGACCAUGUCGGACCUUAUCGGAUUCCAGGGGUUCAUGAACAGCAGUGCCGAGUUCUCAUUCCGAGAACAUUACGUUCAAUAUGUCUCGGACGAUUUCUACCGCGAUUUCAAAUUUUCGAACGACUUUGAAGAGGAGUGUCACUACGCCUUCCCUCGUUUCUGGAACCAAAGUGGGAUCCUCAUGCAUGACGAGAAUACGACAAGCUUCAAAGGCUGCAUGAACAGCGAGUUUGACCAAUUCGGCGACAUAGGCGCCUUUGGCAUAUAUGCCGAAUGGCAGAAACAACUGUCCAAGUUCAACGGUGUACAAGAUCGUCUCCGCGAAUGGCGACCGAGCGUCCUCGCCAAAAUCAACCACUUCUCGUGUAUGAUGAUCCGCGGUCUUGACAUCGAUGGUUUUCGUAUCGAUAAAGCCAUGCAGGUGACCGUGGAUGCACAAGGGAACUUCUCAGCCUUCCAGAGGGAGUGUGCGAGGUCUGUCGGAAAGGACAACUUCUUCAUCCCGGGCGAGAUCGUAAACGGCAAUGCAAAUGCGGCGAUCUACAUCGGCCGCGGCAAGGACCCCUCGAUGCAGAUCCGCAACACCACGAAUGCUAUGAUCAAGCCUACAAUAGUGAAUGACUCAGCAUAUAUCCGCUCGGCCGCUUACUCAGCACUCGAUGCCGGUGCAUUUCAUUAUAGUCUGUAUCGAGCAUUGAUGAGAUUUCUAGGCCUUGAUGGAAACCUGUUGGCGACCAGUGAUGCCCCCGUGGAUUUUGUGGACCAAUGGAGAGUUUUCGUUGAGACGAAUGACUUCAACAAUGCCAACACGGGAGAAUUCGAUCCCCGUCAUAUGUACGGAGUGUCGAACCAUGACGUCCUCCGCUGGCCUGGGCUCACAAACGGCACAGAGAGGCAGCUUUUGGGCGAUUUCGUCAUCUCGCUGUUGAUGCCAGGAAUCCCCAUGGUCAGCUGGGGCGAAGAGCAAGCAUUUUUCGUUCUCGACAAUACAGCCGCAAACUACAUCUUCGGCCGCCAGCCAAUGUCCUCUGCAAUAGCCUGGAAACUUCACGGAUGCUACAACGUCGGCGACGAGAACCUUCACGAAGCACCAUUCAACUCGUCGCUCACGGCUUGUCAUGAUGAUACCGUGCCACUCGAUCAUCGCGAUCCUUCGCAUCCAGUGUAUAACACGUUGAAGCACAUGUUUGAGCUGCGACGAAGGUACCCGGUCUUGCGGGAUGGGUUCGCAUUGAUAAAGCUGUCCAGCCAGACCUUCGAGUAUGUUCUCCCAGGCUCGUUCGAAGUUCCAACCGAGACCGGAUUGUGGAGCACGUUCAGAGGGAGAGUCGAAGGCGUCCAGGACUUCACUGGGCAAGGUGAAUUCGGGAAUCAACCCGUGUGGUUGCUCUACUCAAACUACAAUGACUCCACCCUCUACGAAUUCGAUUGCAUGGGCCCAGACGCAAUUGUUUCUCCAUACGAUGCAGGUACCACCGUCAGGAACUUAUUCUAUCCAUUCGACGAGUGGACUCUGGAGGAGUCGUCUGUCACACUUGGUAUCGAAGGCUCUACCAGGCCGAAUGGAUGUUUGCCACGACUCAACGUGACCCUUUAUGGGUGGAAGGCGUUUGUGCCGAUCGACGCAUGGAUCGCACCGUCACCCGUGAUUACUGGGUUCUCCCCUGGCCAUGAUGCGAGGAUUCAAUCAACUACCGAUCCUGCGAGCCCUUCGACAAUCGACGUCGAACUGCGAUUUUCCCAGCCUAUGAAUUGCGACUCCAUCCGUGACGGCCUUUCUAUUGCCUCAACAACAGAUUACAAUCGCCAAGCGAGCGUGGCAACAGGUAGUCUGGACUGUCUGACCAUCGAACCUCGCGCCGAAGCCUACUACUACGGUCCUCAUCCGUCCACAUGGCGGGCAAAAUUUCAACUCGAGAAUGUAUACGAUGGGAUCCACCGCGUGAAUAUCAGAAACAUCUCCAGUGCUUCAGGAACAUUCACUGGAUCCCACGAUCACUUCUUGCUGCGAAUAGGUACUUUGGAUAACCCCAUGGUGUUUCCAGAGGCUGCGAACUACAGCACGUCAUUACUUUACAGAGGUGAAGCCUCUGCUGAUAAUUCCAGUAACCAAAAGCGCGAUGAGAUCACCUCUGGUUCUGGCUUAUUCAUCGCCCAUACAUCAGCAGGUGCUGACAAAUGGCGCUACUCGCUCUCUUUCGGCGCCAUUUGGUCGGAGUGGUACGACUACGUUCCUGGUAAUGCGACCUUACCUGCUCAGACUUGGACAGGUAGCGAAAGGCAGCGUUGGGAAGGAGAACAUGUUCAAGUCCAGUAUUGGUCGAACUUCGCAGGAAGUAGUGCCCAUAUGGUCCAAGGCGAUCUUGUUGGAGCGAAUCGGACUGCUCGUCGUUUUCCUCAUAUUUUCUUACACGGCGCAUUCAACGAGUUCGGCUACGACUCCGGUCUGCCGAAUACGAUGGUGCAAAUGGAAAACGGUACCUGGAUGUUUGACUUCAUGGCAGAGUGGCCGACCAACUACCAGCUGAACGUUUGGGGCUUGGCUGAUGAUGGAAGACCCGAUUUGAGCUAUGCGAUGGGUGACGUUGAUCACGACGGAGUCCUUGAUCGAAUAUCUCCAGUCUCGCUUCAACAAGCUGUAGUCAACAUCACCGAUCAGGGCCCUCCCUUUCCUGCACUGUCUUGGCGCAUCCUGUUCGACGACGCGACCUUCCGCUACCAUAGGGUACCUUCCGGCAACAGCAUCAUCCAAGUCAUCAUGUGGGCUUUGCUGUGGGCAAUCCCAUUGAUUACAGAAUUGAUCAGUGUCCGCCUUUACAUGUCAUCAUUCUACAGCGUGAAGUUCAAUCGGAUGGGAUUGAAAACAUCCGAAGAUACAGUCGUCUUCGACGCCUUUGCCCCUGGCAUUGGAAGUAUCGAGAAACAACGUCGGACGGUUCUGAUCGCCACAAUGGAAUAUGACAUCGUGGAUUGGGGUAUCAAGAUUAAGAUUGGCGGUCUUGGAGUCAUGGCGCAGCUCAUGGGAAAGAGCUUGCAGCACCAAAAUUUGAUAUGGGUGGUACCUUGCACUGGCGGCAUCGACUAUCCUAUUGACACUCCAGCGGAUCCCAUUGAUGUGAUCAUCAUGGGUAAGACAUACGACGUACAAGUGCAAUAUCACACUCUCGACAAUAUUACAUAUGUACUGCUCGAUGCCCCGGUUUUUAGACGACAGACGGCAAAGGAACCGUACCCGCCUCGCAUGGAUGAUCUCGAUAGUGCGAUUUACUACUCGGCGUGGAAUCAGUGCAUUGCGGAAACCAUGAACCGGUUCGACAUUGAUAUCUACCAUAUCAACGACUACCACGGGACGAUUGCACCUUUGUAUCUGCUUCCGAGGACCAUGCCCGUGUGCCUUUCGCUCCAUAAUGCAGAAUUUCAAGGCCUCUGGCCGAUGCGCAACCCUAAAGAGGUUGAAGAAGUAUGCUCGGUCUACAACCUAUCACAACUGGUAGUGGAGCGGUAUAUCCAAUUCGGUGAAGUCUUCAACCUCCUUCAUGCAGGUGCAAGCCUGCUACGAAUCCAUCAAGGAGGAUUUGGCGCUGUCGGCGUGAGCAAAAAAUACGGCAAGCGGUCUUGGGCUCGCUAUCCCAUCUUCUGGGGGUUGAAUCGCAUCGGUGCCCUGCCAAAUCCAGACCCAUCCGACAUUGCAGAAUGGGACAAGAAGAAGAAAGUCAGCAUGCAAGAUGUUACAAUCGACCAUGAGCUCGAGAGUCAGCGCGCUUCACUCAAACGCCAAGCACAGGAGUGGGCGGGUCUCGAACAACGUGAAGAUGCCGAUCUCUUCGUAUUUGUCGGUCGGUGGUCUAUGCAGAAGGGAAUUGAUCUGAUCGCUGACGUGUUUCCUGCUAUACUGGAAAAGUAUAAGCAUACUCAAUUGAUUGCUGUUGGUCCGACAAUCGACUUAUACGGCAAAUUUGCGGCUUUGAAGCUGGAGAAGAUGAUGAAGCUGUAUCCUGGUAGAGUUUUUUCGAAGCCGGAGUUCACGGCUCUUCCGCCUUUCAUCUUCAGCGGCGCCGAGUUCGCUCUCAUUCCAAGCAGAGAUGAGCCAUUUGGCCUCGUUGCCGUUGAAUUUGGCCGUAAGGGUGCCUUGGGAGUUGGCUCUCGCGUUGGAGGCCUAGGACAAAUGCCCGGACUGUGGUAUACCUUAGAAUCAUCAACGACGAAGCAUCAAAUGCGUCAAUUCAAGACGGCGAUAUCAAUGGCCCUCAAGUUGGACUGGAACACACGGGCUUUGAUGCGCGCUCGAUCUGCAAAGCAACGCUUCCCUGUGGCUCAGUGGAAAGAAGAUCUAGAGAUCUUGCAAGCAACAUGUAUCAAGGUCCAUCAGAAACGUGCAGACCAUGUCUCUCACAGACAGAUGGGUCUGGGUGAGAGGAGAAACCGACGCAGCGGAAUCAGCACACCCGGCUGGAUGAGCCCUCGGCUCGGCACUCCCAACCCGAGUCGGCCCGCAACCCGGCAAUCGUCGCCGGACCGGUUCGGCACCGCAAGUCCACGCAAUUCUUACCUCGAAGCCUUGCAAUCACGCUCAGGCUUUGCAUCGCCUGUAUUGAGCCCUUUGUCGUCACGAGCCUCUAGCAUUCGACGCAAUUCCAAUGAUGCUCGUCCCGGCACAAGCGACAGUUAUUUCGAUGUUCAGAGACAAAGCAGUAACGUGAGCAAUUCUCACGAUCGAGUCAGUACUCCUGACGUGCAAGACCGUGUGAACUUGCAUAACCCAAUUGCAAGCGAAAGCAGCGCUGGCGAAGAUAAGAAACCCAGACGACAGAAUCUAACCCCGCUGUUCACCGACCCUACAGGGCUCUACUACAAGAUCUUCGAAAGAAAACUUGAGCAGCUGAACGGCAAGAAUUCAGAAACGACGCUCUGUAUUGAAGAAUACCUUGAGAAAUCCGAGAAACAAUGGUUUCAACGCCUACACGAUGUCAAAAUGAGCAGGGACCCGACACCCUCAGCUUCAAGAGCGCUCACUCCAGCAGCCUCGAUAUACGAGGGCAUCGAGACAAAGGAAACUGUCGACCAGUUCCUGCUCCCUGAAGACCACACUCCGCCAACGGGCCUACGACGCUUCAUGAUGUACAAAAUUGGAGAUUGGCCAACUUACUCCCUCUUCAUCGCCCUUGGUCAAAUUCUCGCAGCAAAUUCAUACCAAAUUUCGUUGAUCUCCGGACAAGUCGGCCAGACAGCCACUCAGCUCUACGUUGUUGCUUGCGUCUACCUCGUCACGACUCUGAUCUGGUGGUUUCUCUUCCGGCGGCUAUCGCUCAAGCACUGUCUCAGCCUACCAUUCUUCUUCUACGGAUUCGCAUUCUUGCUGAUCGCAAUGGCGCCCUACGGGACCACCACAGAAAUGCGUGGCAACAUCCAAAUGACCGCCAGCUCGAUGUACGCCGUCGCAUCAUCUUCCGGAUCAAUCUACUUUGCGCAGAAUUUCGGCUCCUUGGGUUCCGUCGCAGUGAAGGAUUGGGCUUUCCGGGCCUGUGCCAUUCAGGGUACCCAGCAACUCUACGUCGUCGCGCUCUGGGCAUGGGGAUCACGACUCGCACGCAUGAACGCUUCCGGAAUGAGCACCGACCUUGGCAGCACCAUGACCGCAAUCGGCGCGCCCAUAGCUGCCUUCCUCUGGGUCGUCGGACUCGUCAUGUACUUUGGCCUGCCUGAAUUCUACCGUCAGAAGCCCGGAACACAACCCGAUUUCUACACGGCCAUCUUUCGGCGGAAAAUCGUCGUCUGGUUUCUCAUUGCCGUUUUCAUCCAGAAUGUCUUCUUGUCGGCUUUGACUGGUCGCAAUUGGACUUAUCUCUGGAGCUCGCAGCAUGCACCGGAUUGGGCUAUCGUGCUGCUGAUCCUGCUGUUUUUCGUCCUUGUCUGGGCGGCAGUGCUGUGGUAUCUCGGAUGGCUCUCCAAAACACAUAGCUGGAUGAUUCCGAUUUUCGCCGUCGGAUUGGGCGCGCCGCGCUGGUGUCAGAUUCUCUGGUCGACUUCAGGUGUUGGGCAAUAUCUCCCUUGGGCGGGAUCUCCGGUGGGUUCUGCGAUGCUCGGGAGAGCGUUGUGGCUCUGGCUAGCUGUGUUGGACUCGUUGCAGGGAAUCGGAUUCGGUAUAAUAUUAUUGCAGACCAUGGCUCGCUUCCACUGUACGUUUGCGCUCAUGGCUGGACAAGCGGUAGGUGCGAUCGCAACGAUCAUCGCUCGGGCGGACGGCCUCAACUCUGUGGGUCCAGGACCGACGUUUCCUAACCUGGCUAUCGAUUGGAGAAGUGGGCUAUUGAAGCCUUGGUUCUGGGUCUGUCUAAUCCUGCAACUGUGCAUUUGCGUUGGAUUCUUCACGUUCUUCCGCAAGGAGCAAUUGACCAAGCCUUAA